AUGAUCCUCCAAGAGACAAGUCUUGAAGAUACAGACAUGGACAGAAGCAAGGGACGCAAACUCUUCAUGACCGUGCUGUGCUUGGUGGCCGUCUCUGGAGCUCUCCCCAUCGCAGACCUUCUGGACCGGGCCGCUCAGCACUCUGACCGGCUGCACUCGCUCAGCACCCUGCUCACACAGGAGAUGGACACACAUUUUCCUUUCAUGGAGCAGGGCACCACUCCUCAGCCGUCCCAAUGCCACACGUCCACCCUGGAAGGUCCCACUGACAAAGUGCAGGCUCUGCAGGUGUCUGAGCACACCCUGAUGUCGCUGCUGCGGUCCCUGCUGCAGUCCUGGGCAGAACCUCUGGCGUUCCUGUCUGCGAGCGCCAACACGCUGCCUCACCCGGCGCACAGCAGCAUCUUCAACAAGAUCCAGCAACUCCAGCAGAACUCCAAGUCUCUGAGACACGGCCUGGACAUUCUGUCCGCCAGGAUGGGUCCAGCAGCACAAGUCGUCUCCAUUUUACCGUUUUACAGGAAUGACCCGGGAGACAAGAUCUCCAAACUCAUUAACCUACAAUUCCAGUUGAACUGCUUCCGCCGCGAUUCUGACAAGAUUGACAGCUUCCUCAAAGUCUUGCGUUGCCGAUCCGGCCGGAUGCGGCCUGACCUCUGUUGA